UCUCUUUUGAACCUUCUUUUCUAUUAUAUAUCUCCUCUUCUUUCCUCUUGCCCAUUUCACAAAGCAAAGAAGAAGAAGAAGAAGAAGAAGGAGAAGAGAGAGAGAGAGAGAGAGAUAAGUCUAAAACGAAAAUUGAGAGAUAUGGGGAGGGGCAAGAUUGAGAUUAAGAGGAUUGAGAACUCAAGCAACAGGCAGGUCACUUACUCUAAGAGAAGGAAUGGGAUCAUUAAGAAGGCCAAGGAAAUCACUGUUCUAUGUGAUGCUAAGGUUUCACUUGUCAUCUUUGCUAGCUCUGGAAAGAUGGUUGAAUACUGCAGCCCUUCAGUCACGGUGACUGAUAUCUUGGACAAGUACCAUGGCCAGGCUGGGAAGAAGUUAUGGGAUGCAAAGCAUGAGAACCUCAGCAAUGAAGUGGAUAGGGUCAAGAAAGACAACGACAGCAUGCAAGUCGAGCUCAGGCAUCUGAAGGGGGAGGAUAUCACAUCUUUGACCCACAGAGAGCUGAUGGCCUUAGAGAAUGCACUUGAAAAUGGCCUUGCAAGUAUCCGGGACAAGCAGUCCAAGUUCGUCGACAUGCUCAGAGAAAAUGAAAGAGCACUGGAAGAGGAGCAUAAGCGCCUCACUUAUGAGCUGCACAAACAGGAGAUGAAAAUUGAAGAGAAUGUGAGAGAGUUGGAAAAUGGGUAUCAUCAGAGGCUGGGGAACUACAACAACCAGAUACCGUUUGCCUUUCGUGUUCAGCCUAUUCAGCCAAAUCUGCAGGAGAGAAUGUAAUGCAUCUGUCAGGAAGUGCUAUCAACUUUCAUGGUUUGUAAUAGUAGAAGCUUUCGUAUUAAGCUAAGUAAUUUGUGAAACUUGUAAUAAUUAAGGUGUGUGCAUGAACUUGGUUUGUGGAAUAAUCACUGUUUUGUUUGCUACAAAAUUACCUAAUUAUAUAUGUUUGCCUAUAUAUAUUUCUCUU